GGAUUGCUAUGAGUUCGAGGCCAGCCUGGACCUUAUGGUGAGCCCCAGUGUCAGGAAAAAACAAAAACAAAAACAAUAUUGGUAUAGAACUAAGAUCAAGAUAAACAAGCCACAAAAAAAAAAAAAAAAAAAAGCGCAACACCUUACGAAGAGUCAACUAGUUGGUAGUCAGUGAAGACAUGUACAGCCAAUAAAGUUUUUUCAGAUGUCCAGCUCAUUUGUACUUUGCAAAAUAAACCAUGGAAUUUCAAAGAAUAUGGAACCAUGUGUAUCAAAUCCUGUAGGAUGACCUUUUCCUCUUUGAAUAGAAUUGAAAUUUAUUGGCCGCCUUGGACACAGCCGUACAGCUCUUCACGCACCACAGUUGACAGCAGUGAGGUCAAAACUUUCCUGGCCCUGGCUCACAAGUGGUGGGAUGAGGAGGGCGUAUAUGCACCACUUCAUUCUAUGAAUGACCUGAGGGUGCCAUUUAUUAGAGAUAAUCUUUUGAAAACAGUUGCUAAUCACCAUCCUGGAAAACCUUUGUUUGGGAUGAAGAUUCUUGACGUUGGCUGUGGUGGUGGAUUAUUAACUGAACCUCUAGGGCGUCUAGGGGCUUCAGUUUUUGGAAUUGAUCCUGUGGAGGAAAACAUUAAAACAGCACAGCACCAUAAAGCAUUUGAUCCAGUCCUAGAUAAGAAGAUAGAGUAUAGAGCAUGUUCCCUGGAAGAGAUUGUGCAAGACACUGAAGAGACUUUUGAUGCUGUUGUAGCUUCUGAAGUUGUAGAACACGUGGCGGAUCUGGAAGCUUUUAUACAGUGCUGCUGUCAAGGGUUAAAACCUGGUGGUUCUUUAUUCAUUACUACAAUCAACAAAACACAACUGUCCUAUGCCUUGGGGAUUGUGUUUUCCGAGCAGAUUGCAGGGAUAGUACCAAAAGGUACUCAUACAUGGGAGAAAUUCGUUUCACCUGAAAAGCUAGAGAGCAUUCUGGAAUCAAAUGGCCUAUCAGUUCAAACUGUGGCAGGAAUGCUCUACAACCCCUUCUCAGGUUGCUGGCAUUGGAGUAAACAUACCAGCCUGAACUAUGCAGCCCAUGCUGUGAAGUCUGUGGCAGCCGACCGCUCCGGGCCUGCUGAGCUUGUGGCUGAGGAGGGAGCAGAAGUGCCGCAGGCCAAGGCUUCCACCCCCGCAGGUGUGCAUGAAGAACUCAGGAAGUGAACUGCAUCUGAAGGCUGAAGUAAUAUGGCUUGAAACUCUGAUUCUUGUUUUAAAAAACAUACAAUUUAUCUUUUGAGAAAUAAUCAUAAAGAAAAGGUUAAUAAAAAGGUU